ACGAACGGGAGGCUAUGCUACACUGAAAGUUCAACGCAACGUGUACAAGAACUUUGAACAAAAUGCUGUACUCCUCCCUCGUUAUCCUCCUCGUUAUCGGCACCGUAGCUUGCAGUCCUGAGGUAACCCAGAACGAUCACACAGUUCAACAGGACCAGAACACCAACCUCCAAGAUCACGUCGCUCUAAUGGAGAAGAGAUCCCCCCACUAUGACUUCGGUUUGGGUAAACGAGCCUACAGCUAUGUCUCCGAGUACAAAAGGCUUCCCGUCUAUAACUUCGGAUUAGGAAAAAGGUCUCGUCCCUACUCUUUCGGUUUGGGUAAGCGAUCAGUCAACGAAGAGCAGAAUGACGAUGAGUUCCCCAAUGAUCUUGACCAGGAUACCCUAGCUGAAGCUAUCGACCAAUACGAAGACGCACCAGGAUACGAAAUCAAACGAGCUCGCCCUUACAGCUUCGGUCUCGGCAAACGCUUAUCUGAGGACGAGAACUCAGAGGAGAAACGCACUCGGAUGUACGACUUCGGCCUGGGGAAACGACCCAACCUGUACAACUUCGGUCUCGGCAAACGAGCCAGGAGCUACAACUUCGGCCUCGGGAAACGUUUAAGCAGCAAAUUCAAUUUCGGACUCGGGAAAAGGGAGCGAGACAUGCACAGGUUCAGCUUCGGCCUUGGCAAGCGUUCCGCGGAGAUCCCAUUCGACGACAACUAUUACGACGCUUAGACUAAUUGCGGAUAUGACGUGGGAACUUGUGUGGAAUUGGAAUAUACAUAAUGUUAAUUGUAAACUUUCGUUUAAUUGCAUAGAAUAAUGAUUAUGUUCUGUUAUUAUCAAAAUAAAAUGUAAUCAAUUGAAGUUACCGUUUUUCAUAUUUCAUUCCUCUAUGAAUUAUUUUUAUUGAUUUAAAUAAUUCCACGUGAGUUUUCAUUAUAGAGAUUAAUUUAAUUGUAUUGUUACAUCUAAUACUGUACGUUUGAGAUAAUUAAUUGAGCAACUAAUUAAUUUUUGUUUAUAUUUAUUUUAG